ACUUACGUCGUUAAAGAGGGCUGGGGAGAAAGGAACGAGGUGAACGGCCUGCGUAGCUCCGUGACGCAUACAGCAAUUGCUUAAUAAAGUCAAUAUUUAAGCGUUAUUUUCUACUGGUGUGCUUGAUUUGCUAAGCUAGUUUAGUCUCGCGCAUUUUGUAGAAAACGGUUGCGUUUAAUUCGGAUAUUAUUGCAGCAGAUAACGUAAGAACAAACCGCGUCAAACGUUAGCUAACGCAGAGUUGAGUGUUGUUUUUCCAACAUGAGAGGGGGAUCGUCCUAUGGAGACAGAGACCGAGACCGUGGACGAGACAGGCCACGAUUUUCGUCCAUGAGUGGUCGUGGUGGACCCCCACCAAUGAAGUUUGGGAAUCCAGGAGAGCGUCUCCGUAAGAAGAGGUGGAACUUGGACGAGCUGCCUAAAUUUGAGAAGAACUUUUAUGUGGAACACCCUGAUCUUCAACGCCUCAGUCAGUAUGAAAUGGAAGAGUUUCGCAGGAAGAAGGAAAUCACCAUCAGAGGCUCUGGCUGUCCAAAACCUGUCACUGCUUUUCACCAUGCGCAGUUUCCUCAAUAUGUGAUGGAUUCGCUGAUGCAGCAGAAUUUUAAGGAACCCACAGCGAUUCAGUGUCAGGGCUUCCCUGUGGCGCUGAGCGGCAGGGACAUGGUGGGAAUUGCACAGACUGGCUCUGGAAAGACACUGGCUUAUCUCCUUCCUGCCACUGUUCACAUCAACCAUCAGCCCUAUCUAGAGAGGGGAGAUGGUCCAAUUUGUCUGGUCCUGGCCCCAACCAGAGAGCUGGCCCAGCAGGUUCAGCAGGUUGCUUAUGAGUAUGGCAAGUCUUCACGUAUCAAAAGCACCUGUGUCUAUGGUGGAGCACCCAAAGGACCACAAAUUCGAGAUCUUGAGAGGGGUGUUGAGAUCUGUAUCGCCACACCUGGUCGUCUCAUUGACUUCCUCGAGUCAGGGAAGACCAACCUGAACCGCUGCACCUAUCUGGUGCUGGACGAGGCUGACCGCAUGCUAGAUAUGGGCUUUGAGCCACAAAUUCGCAAGAUAGUUGAACAAAUCAGGCCUGACAGACAGACGCUGAUGUGGAGUGCAACUUGGCCGAAGGAGGUUCGGCAGCUUGCUGAGGACUUCCUGAGGGAUUAUGUGCAGAUUAAUAUCGGUGCUCUGGAACUCAGUGCAAACCACAACAUCCUGCAGAUAGUGGACGUCUGCAUGGAGACGGAAAAGGACAACAAACUUCUUCAGCUGAUGGAGGAAAUUAUGGCCGAGAAGGAAAACAAAACCAUCAUCUUUGUGGAGACCAAGAAGCGUUGUGAUGAUCUUACCAGGAGAAUGAGGCGGGAUGGAUGGCCAGCUAUGUGUAUUCAUGGAGACAAGAGCCAGCCAGAGAGAGACUGGGUACUUACAGAAUUUCGGAGUGGUAAAGCACCCAUACUCAUCGCUACUGAUGUCGCCUCCCGUGGUCUGGACGUGGAAGAUGUCAAGUUUGUCAUCAACUAUGAUUACCCAAGUUCCUCCGAGGAUUACGUCCACCGCAUCGGGCGCACGGCCCGCAGUACCAACAAAGGCACUGCCUACACCUUUUUCACCCCUGGGAACCUGCGGCAGGCCAGAGACCUGGUACGGGUCUUGGAGGAGGCCCGGCAGGCCAUCAACCCAAAACUGCUUCAGCUUGUGGACUCAGGCCGUGGUGGAGGAGGAGGCGGUGGAAGAAUGCGUUACCGUGGCAGCACCGCCAACAACCCUAACCUAAUGUACCAGGAUGAGUGUGACCGCCGCCUGCGCUCAGGUGGAGGCGGUGGCGGUGGCGGUGGCAAAGACAACCGCAGCGGCUUCAACCGCACCAACCGCGAUGGAGACCGCUCCAGCUCCUCGACCUCCUACAGAGACCGGAGCAGGGAUCGCAGAAACGGCUUCAGCUCGGGCUCGGAUCAGUACCAGAGUUACAGCAGCAGCGGCUAUAACCCCCGCAGCAGUGCCCAGUCCGGAGGCAGCGGAGGUCAGGAUCAGUCAAGCCAGCCGCAAGGUCAGUUUGGCCAGCCUCCCCCCCCUUCACCUGCAGGGGGUCCGAAGCCGCUCAUGGCGCAGCAGUUUGCUCUGGCUCAGCCGUCACUAAUGGGCUUCAUGGGGCAAGCGCCGUUCCCUUUUUCCUCUCCUCCCCCGCCUACUUCAGGUGCUCCACCUCCUCGAAAGUAGAAUUAUGAGAAAGGAGCUUUCACAUUGGUAUAAGGUCCAGCACGGUUCAGGUUCCCUAAUGAAAUUUUAAACCGAAAAUAAAACCGUUUGGAACCUGGUAAGUCAGAUCCAAAAAUGCUUACUUUAUUUUCUCCACAAGAGGAAGGUAGAAGGCAAAGGAUAGGAAGAACGUGCAGAGGUCUCUGGAAAAGACAAAAAUGUGCUGUAUUUACAUUAGAUUACUAAAAGUGUGCUACAAUGCGAUCAACUAUAUCACAGAGCGUUUGUAUAAAUAACUGGGCCUGAAAUGAGCCUCCCUUGUUUCAAAGACCAUGUAUUGAUUAAAUGCUCACUGUGGAACGUGGUGAACUUUGGUUCCGCUUAACUUCAGUGAACACGGGAAAACAGGAACCGUGCUGGCGAUUGCUGAUGUGAAAUCACUGUGUGAAUUUAGUGCUACUCAUGGUGCUCACUGUUAUUUUUGUUUUUACUCUUGUUAACUCAAGAGGCAGGGAUUUGACAAAGGAGGUAAGGGUUUAUACUUUUUAUUUGUUUUUUUUUUCUUAAAUUUUCUAUCUGUAGGU